GAAUUAAAGGGACUUCUGUUGCAAAUCUGAAUCCUAUUCAGGACAGAGGUAGUGGUAAUAAUACAUUACCUGGAAAUUCUAACUGGUUUGAGUGGCAAUGGCCAACAAUGGGCGAAUUUUCUGGAUGUAUUAAAGCACGGAAUAUUCCUGGUAUAG